UAUCCGGGCACUCGAUUAAUGGCUGCGCCCAUGUGGGGAAAAAUGUGAAAGAAAUGUCAAACAAAUUCUUGACGUUUUCUGGAAAUUUUAGGAAGACAUUCGCACUUCCAGAGGGACACAGAGUACAAUGGUUCCCCGGGCACAUGCAGAAGGGCAUCGCGCAGCUUUUGGCGCGUCUGAGAUCGAUUGAUUGUGUGCUGGAGAUUCACGAUGCGAGGAUUCCGUUCUCUGGGCGCACACCUUUGUUCAAAGACAUGAUGAAAAUGAAAGCACACGUGUUACUUCUGAAUAAAUGUGAUUUAGCAGACCUGAGCAGGAAAACAGAUAUCGUGAAGAAACUACAGGAAGAAGGGGUGGAUAAAGUGUUGUUUACUAACCUAACAGCGGCCAAUUCUAAAAUCAUAAAGCAUCAGUUGUUUCCAUUAGUGGUUGAGGCUAUCCACAGUAAGCCUCGAUAUAACAGAGAGACAGCGGAGGACUACGAAAUGGCGGUAAUCGGUGUACCUAAUGUAGGAAAAUCAACUUUUAUAAACUACGUAAGACGCUCACAUACAACCAUCAAGAAAAAGAGUCUGCGGGUCGGAGCCGUCGCAGGUGUGACAAAGGUGCUGUCAGGAAAAAUCCGAGCCAAUUUUAAUCCCCCGGUUUUUCUAAUGGACACUCCGGGAAUUCUGACCCCACAGGUUUCCGACCUAGAAGAGGGGAUGAAGUUGGCCCUCUGUGGGUGUUUCCCCGACCAUGUUGUGGGUGAGGACCUUAUCGCUGAUUAUAUGUUGUUUUGGUUUAACAAAAACAGUGACUUUAGAUACGUGGAACAUUUCGGUCUACCUGAACCAACGGACAAUGUUAAAGUUCUCCUUAACCAUGUAGCAAAGGAGAAUCAGUUAGUGAAACGAAUAAAGUCGCCGGACUCUAGGGAACAUCAGUUUUUUCCCGAUUACGUUGCAGCAGCCACGCUAGUCUUAAAACAGUUCAGAGAGGGAGGGUUCGGACCUGUGUUAUUGGAAGAUUUCUAAGUCUGCUGAGCCAAGUUUGUCAUGUGUUGCUAAAACAAUAUCUGUAAGCAUAUAUAUCUGACAUGAUAAUCUAGACGAUCUAGGACAAUGGCCUGUGUUAUUCAUGUUAUUGGAGAAUUUUGUCAUGGCCGGGCAGUGCCCCUCCUUUAAGUUUUUUAAUGAAAAAGUUCAUGAUUUAUAUGUUUAGAUAUAUAUCAACAUCUGCCGUGUUAAUCUAAGUGAUCUAGUAAAGCACCUGUGUUAUUUGAGGACUCCUUAUUCUGCUGCCCUAAAUUGUGUGUUACAAAAUUAUAGAUUCCUAUGGUUUUACAUAUAUUUGCCUCUAACAUAAUAUUAAAUCACAUUGAUUUAAGACAGGACACAAACAAUUCUCAUUACUUCUGAAGAAAAUAUGUAGAGGCAUUCCCCUGACAUAGGACAAAUUUUUGAUUAUGUUUUUGCAAUGUUAAUUUUUUGCCACAAGAGUUGAGGAAA